AUGGACCCUUUCACCAGGGUUAGUAAUAAAAUUUCGAAUACUCGCCACGCAUUGGUUGAGUGGAGUAAAGCGAAGUUUGGGAGUUUGAAGAGGGAAAUAGAGGAGGUCCGUGCUAAGCUUGCGGUAUUUUUUGACCAAUCUCUUGCAGCGCUGCCUGGGGAGGAUAGAUUGCGCCUUGAAUUGAAGUUGCAGGAGCUCCUCCAAAAAGAGCAAAUUUUCUGGAAACAAAGGUCCAGGAUUCUCUGGUUGUCGGAGGGAGAUAUGAAUACGCGGUACUUUCAUCAAUGUGCUUUAAAUAGGAAAAAGAAGAACCUGAUUAAACGGCUUAGAGAUGUAAACGGUGUGUGGAGAACAGAUGAUAAGGAGAUUCAAGAUGUCGUCCUUAGUUACUACAAAGAAUUGUUCCAGAGGUCGUACCCAGCUAAUAUGGGUGAGGUAACCGAUACCUUACCUAGGGUUAUCACCGAGGAGAUGAAUGUAGACUUGACUAAAGAUGUUUCGAAUGAGGAAGUGUCGAUGGCGUUGAAGCAAAUGAAGCUUUCAAAAGCUCCAAUCCCAGAGGGCUUUGCUCCUUGUUUCUACCAGUAG